AUGACAACGUUUAAAAAGAAGUUUAAAAUUUCUGGCCAGAUCGGAGAUUCGCAUCAGAAAGACCAACCCAGCUUUACUAGCUUGGCCCGUCAAAUUAACGCUGGAUUAAACCGUGGAUACAAAGAAGAGGAUGUAAUAGAGGCAGUUAUCCAUGAAGUGAAUCCUGGAUUGAGGUUAAGGAGCUACCUGGAAGGUAAGCCUGAUCUGACCUUAGCAAAUGUAUGCAAGAUCCUUAGAUCACACUAUCAAGAGAAAGAAUCGAAGCUACUGAAAUGUACCAGUUACUUAGUUCUGGGCUGCAAGAGGGUGGGGAGACCCCCUAGGACUUCUUGGUUUGCCUUCUUAACCUCAAACAGAAAGUACUAUUUGCUUCACAAGAGGCAGAAUCUGAUUUGAAGUAUGACCCCAAACUUGUUCAGAGCAUGCUCUCAUACUCAUUGCUGACGGGUCUUCCAAGUGACAGUAUUAAAUUGGAGUUGAAGCCAAACCUCCAAAACACUCAUGUUACAGUUGAGGAACUGUUUGAAAAACUAAAUGGAGCUGUCAGCAAAAACUUGGUUCACUUCAUGGGCUUGCUACAAGUACAAACCCUGUACCACUUGUACCUAAAGUAACCCCUACCAAGGAGACACCAUCAACAGAAGCAAGCAAAACCCAACCUUCUUACAGAAGUACAGGAAAUGAAAGCAGAGCUUGCUGCCAUUAGGGAGUCCAUAGGGAGCCAACAUCGCAUCACCACCCCAGAUCAAUACAGGUUCAGAAAUGAAGAGAGGGCACAGCCCAGAGGGUGUGCAGAUUGUCUAA